GGUCUCCAACAAUGGACUCAUCAGAGCUCCGGCGUGUCUUCCAAAUGUUCGACCAUAACGGUGACGGCUGCAUUUCCAAAAAAGAGCUAAACCACUCCCUCUGCAAGCUCGGCAUUGACAUCCCCGAGACCGACCUCGCUGCCAUGAUCGACAAGAUUGACGUCAAUGGCGACGGCUGUGUAGACCUUGAUGAGUUCACCACAUUGUACAAGAGCAUCAUGGAUGAUCAUGAAGAGGAUGAAGAGGAGGACAUGAGAGAGGCAUUCAACGUGUUUGAUCAAAAUGGUGAUGGUUUUAUCACUGAGGAGGAGUUGAGGUCUGUUUUGGCAUCACUUGGGUUGAAGCAAGGCAGGACUGUGGAGGAUUGCAGGAGGAUGAUAAGGAAAGUGGAUGUUGAUGGAGAUGGGAUGGUGAAUUUUAAGGAGUUUAAGCAGAUGAUGAGAGGUGGUGGUUUUUCUGCUUUGACUAAUUGAUGAUUUUCUUUUUUAAUUCUUUUCUAUUUCUUUCUUAAUUUCAUACUUUGUUAUGUAUUUAUGGAUUGAUUGUUUUUUCUUUGUUACUUUCUUGUGAAAUUACUUGACAGGAUUAAAGAA